UUGUCUUGUCAGUCGUUAGUGAAGCGCUGCCAGUGAGCAGUCCACUGCGUCUACGCAUUUCGUUCGUGGAAAUUAGGAAAGAUCAAUUAAAAAGUGCACCAAUCGAAUUUCGAUUUAAUAACGAUUGUGAUAAAAUCUAUUUUUCAACAUGUCGAAAGUUUUGUUGAGUCGUGAGCUGCCUGACAUCGAGAAUUUACUGAUAUUAAACCCGAAGAUCAAACCGUACAGUAACUUGGUACCGUCCGCACAGACCAAAAAGAACAAACAGCACUGGAAAAGGAACGCCGACAGAAAAUGUGGAACAUGUCCAACUUUAGAGAGAAACUUCGACGACAUUAAGCACACGACCCUGUCGGAGCGCGGCGCGUUGAAGGAGGCUGCCAGAUGUCUGAAGUGCGCAGACGCUCCUUGCCAGAAGUCCUGCCCUACGCAGAUCGACGUCAAGAGCUUUAUCACGAGCAUCGCUAAUAAGAACUACUACGGAGCGGCGAAAGCCAUUUUGUCGGAUAAUCCUUUGGGGCUCACUUGCGGUAUGGUGUGUCCCACCAGCGACUUGUGCGUCGGAGGAUGUAAUUUACAUGCCAGCGAAGAAGGAGCCAUCAACAUUGGCGGGCUACAACACUUCGCCGUAGAAAUAUUUAUGAAGAUGGGGAUUCCUCAAACACUAGAUCCAAAUACGAAGCCCUUGCCUAAAGGAGGUGAUCAGAAAAUUGCGUUAGUCGGAGGUGGACCUGCCAGUCUUAGCUGUGCUUGCUUCCUUGCAAGACUGGGCUACAAAGAUAUAACUGUUUAUGAAAAGGAGAAAUAUCUUGGAGGGCUUAGUUCAUCAGAAAUCCCUCAAUACCGGUUGCCUUACGACGUUGUGCAAUACGAAAUAGAUCUAAUCAAGAAUCUUGGAGUGAAAUUUGUUACUGGCAGAAUGUUAUCAACAAAGGACAUAACUGUUGAUAGUCUGCUAAAAGAUGGAAAUGCUGCAGUUUUCUUAGGUAUCGGUCUGCCAGAGCCUAAAAGUGUAUCCAUAUUCAAGGACCUGACACCAAACAUGGGCUUUUACACAAGCAAAGAUUUCUUGCCGCUUGUAUCAAAAGGGAGCAAGAGAGGUAUGUGCGCUUGCAAGGCAGCAUUGCCGGAAUUAUACGGUAACGUGAUAGUAUUGGGAGCGGGGGAUACAGCAUUUGACUGUGCCACUUCUGCUUUGCGAUGCGGUGCCAGGCGAGUGUAUGUGGUAUUCCGCAAAGGAUUUACAAACAUCAGAGCUGUGCCAGAAGAGGUCGAUCUAGCCAAAGAAGAGAAGUGCGAGUUCAUACCAUUUAUGUCACCGCAGGAAGUUAUAGUAAAGGAUGGGAAGAUCGCAGCUUUGAAAAUGUGUCGUACUGAACAACUAGACGAUGGUGAAUGGAUAGAGGACACAGAUCAAAUGUUGCAAUUGAAAGCUAACUUUAUAAUAUCAGCAUUCGGUUCUGGACUUUAUGAUAGUGAUGUAAAAGAAGCAAUGUCUGGCGUGAAGCUUAAUCGCUGGGAUUUGCCAGAAGUGGACAGCACAUCUAUGCAGAGUGUUUCUAACCCUAGAGUAUUUAUCGGAGGUGAUUUAGCGGGCUUAGCUGAAACCACGGUGGAAUCUGUGAAUGAUGGCAAAUCAGCUGCUUGGUACAUGCAUUGUUAUUUACAGGGAAUACCGUACGAUUCGCCGGUUGAGCUGCCAAAGUUCCACUGUCCCAUAGACGAGGUGGAUCUAUCGGUGGAGGUCUGCGGCAUCAAGUUCGAGAACCCAUUCGGCUUAGCCAGCGCUCCGCCCACUACCAGCUCGGCUAUGAUACGACGCGCGUUCGAGCAAGGCUGGGGCUUUGUAGUCACCAAGACCUUUGGUCUUGAUAAGGAUCUAGUGACCAACGUGUCCCCUCGUAUAGUCCGCGGAGUGACGUCCGGAGAGAACUACGGGCCCGGACAAGGCUCCUUCCUCAACAUCGAGCUCAUAUCCGAGAAGUGUGAGGAGUAUUGGUGUCAGAGUAUCACGGAAUUGAAACGGGACUUCCCUACUAAGGUGGUAAUAGCAUCAAUAAUGUGUUCUUAUAACGAGGAAGACUGGAGGUAUCUGGCGAAAAAGGCAGAAAUCUCUGGGGCAGAUGCUUUAGAGCUUAACUUAUCGUGCCCUCACGGCAUGGGCGAGUCCGGAAUGGGACUAGCUUGUGGUCAGGAUCCAGUUUUAGUGAAGGGAAUAUCGGAAUGGGUCCGCGACACGGUCAAAAUACCUUUCUUCGUGAAGCUGACCCCCAAUAUCACCGAUAUUGUAAACAUCGCCGUGGCUGCAUAUGAGGGCGGAGCAGAUGGAGUAUCCGCUAUUAAUACAGUAUCAGGCCUGAUGUCCGUCCGUGCCGAUGCUACUCCGUGGCCUCAAGUGGGUCGUGAGAAGAACACAACGUACGGCGGCGUGUCAGGCAACGCGACGCGGCCGAUGGGCCUGCGCGCCGUGUCGGCCAUUGGCAACGCGCUGCGCGGCUUCCCCGUGCUAGGCAUUGGCGGCAUCGACUCGGCUGACGCGGCGCUGCAGUUCAUACUGUGCGGCGCGCCUGUUGUGCAGGUCUGCAGCGCGGUACAGAACCAAGACUUCACACUUAUCGACGACUACGUGACUGGUCUGAAAGCGUUACUGUAUGUCCGGUCGUUGGGACUGUCGGGCUGGACCGGACAGUCUCCGCCCACUGUCAAACACCAGAAGGGCAAAUCCGUUCAGACCUUGUAUGACGAGAAUGGAAAGGUUCUAGCACACUUUGGACCAUACAACAGGAAACGCGAAGAGUUAUUGCACAGUAUAAGACUCAAAUCAUCCAUAUUGAAUGACGUAGGAAAUUGCCCUCUGAAGAAUACAAACGAAGUCAACGGAUAUAUUACGGUGCCUAUGAUAAAAGACAUAUUGGGCGAAGCUUUACCCAGAAUAGGGACGUAUAAGAAUUUGGACAACACGAAACAAGUGGUUGCACUUAUUGAUGACGACAUGUGUAUAAACUGCGGCAAAUGUUACAUGGCCUGUGCGGACUCCGGAUACCAAGCUAUUGAGUUUGAUCCGCAAACGCACAUCCCGAGCGUAACUGACGACUGUACGGGAUGUACUUUGUGUUUGUCUGUGUGCCCCAUCAUUGAUUGUAUAUCGAUGGUGCCUAAGAACAUACCGCACGUCAUCAAAAGAGGUCUACGUUACGAAGUACAUCCAUUAGAUGACAUAUCACAAAAGUAAGAUGGUGUAACCAGUACAUGUAAAAAAAUACAAUUAAAAUAAUUAAUAUUUGUAUAUUAAAAGUAUAAAAAAAUAUAAUACUUUGUUGAAAAUAUGA